GACCGCAGUGCGCAGGGACUCCAGGGCUCUUCGCUGCGCACCCGAAGACUUCCGCGCCCCUAUCCCUGCGCCCCCACGCUCGCCGAUCCGGGCGGAGGAUCAGGAGGGGACUCCUGGCCCCUGAGGCCGGCGCCCAGGGAGCCCAGCGAGGCCCGCCGCACUGCUGAUGUGCCGCGGGCGGGCGGCAGCCCCUGAAGCUGGGCCCCGAGGCUGAGAGGGACCGACGGGAGCCGAGUGGAGGGACCGCCCCGGGAGCAUGGGAAGAGACCGGAGAGCCGCGUCUGGCCCUGCCCUGCAGCGGUGGCUGCUGCUGGGGACCGUGACGGUGGGGGUCCUGGCCCAGAGCGCCUUGGCGGGUGUGAAGAAGCUUGAUGUGCCCUGUGGAGGGAGAGACUGCAGUGGGGGCUGCCAGUGCUACCCCGAGAAAGGCGGGCGUGGUCAGCCUGGGCCAGUGGGCCCCCAAGGCUACAAUGGGCCACCAGGGUUGCAAGGAUUCCCAGGACUACAGGGCCGCAAGGGUGACAAAGGUGAAAGAGGAGCUCCUGGAAUAACGGGACCAAAAGGAGACGUGGGAGCAAGAGGCGUUUCUGGAUUCCCUGGUGCUGAUGGAAUUCCCGGACAUCCGGGGCAAGGAGGCCCCAGAGGAAGGCCCGGCUAUGAUGGCUGCAAUGGAACCAGGGGUGAUGCAGGCCCACAGGGACCCUACGGCUCUGACGGGUUCCCUGGCCCUACCGGGCCCCCUGGACCCAAAGGGCAGAAAGGCGAACCCUACGCACUGUCCAGAGAGGACCGCGACAGGUACAGGGGUGAACCUGGGGAGCCUGGGUUGGUUGGUUACCAGGGGCCUCCCGGCCGCCCUGGGCCCAUUGGACCGAUGGGCCCAGUUGGAGCUGCAGGAAGACCAGGACCACCCGGACCUCCUGGACCAAAAGGAGAGCCAGGCAACAGAGGACUUGGUUUUCAUGGACAAAAGGGAGAAAAGGGUGAUGUGGGACUGCCGGGGCCCAACGGGAUCCCGUCGGAUCAUUACCCCCCCUCCGUGGGACCCACUAUCAGCUACAUCUCGGAUAUGUACAAGGGUGAAAAAGGAAGUGAGGGAGACCCAGGAAUAAAAGGCAUUUCCGUGAAGGGAGAAGAAGGCAUCGUGGGCUUUUCAGGAAUGAGGGGAAGCCCUGGCUUCGACGGUGAAAAAGGCUCGCCAGGACAGAAAGGAAGCAGAGGCCUGGAUGGUUUCCAAGGCCCUGAUGGGCCCAGAGGACCCAAGGGAGAAGCGGGUGACCGGGGACCCCCAGGACUGCCUGCCUACUCCCCGCAUCCUUCCCUCGCCAAAGGUGCCAGAGGUGACCCGGGAUUCCCAGGGGCCCAUGGGGAGCCUGGCAGCCAGGGUGAGCCAGGAGACCCCGGCCCCCCUGGCCUGCCUGGCACAUCCAUCAUAGAUGAAGAUGGGAAGCGGGGCCUGCCCGGUGAGAUGGGUCCCAAAGGCUUCAUAGGAGACCCAGGCAUCCCUGCACGCUACCCAGGCCCACCUGGAGGAGAUGGAAAGCCGGGGCUCCGAGGACCCCCCGGGCCUGCCGGAGAACCUGGACCGGAUGGUUUCCUGUUUGGCCUCAAAGGAACAGAAGGAAGAGUGGGCUUCCCUGGGCACUCUGGCUCCCCUGGGACCCGAGGACAGAAGGGAUGGAAAGGUGACGCUGGGGACUGCCGGUGCGCAGCGGGCGAUGAUCAGUUCGUCACGGGCGUUCCAGGCCUGCCGGGACCCAAGGGCUUCCCCGGCCUCAAUGGGGAUCCGGGCAGGAAAGGCGAGCCAGGAGACCCCGGGCAGCACGGCAUCCCCGGGUUCCCCGGGUUCAAGGGAGCCCCUGGCAAUGUUGGCGUGCCUGGGCCCAAAGGAGCAAAGGGAGACUCCAGAACAAUCACAACCAAAGGUGAGCGGGGACAACCAGGCGUCCCGGGUGUGCCGGGGAUAAAAGGUGACGACGGCCUCCCAGGGCGUGAGGGGCUCGACGGAUUUCCUGGCCUCCCAGGCCCUCCGGGCGAUGGCAUCCCAGGCCCCCCGGGGGACCAGGGCUACCCAGGAGCACCUGGAACGAAGGGGGUCCCAGGAGAGAGGGGCUCCCCGGGCCAGGGCUUACCAGGCCCAAAAGGCGAGCGCGGCUUCCCUGGAGACACCGGAUUACCUGGACCCUCAGGCUUCCCGGGUCCUCCCGGGCCCCCCGGCACCCCAGGACAAAUAGAUUGUGACACCGGCGUGAAAAGGCCCAUUGGAGGGGACGGACAAGAGGCUGUCCAGCCAGGUUGCAUUGGAGGGCCCAAGGGACUGCCGGGCCUGCCAGGAUCCCCAGGCCUCACAGGUGCCAAAGGCCUUCGAGGGAUACCAGGCUUCCCAGGAGCCGACGGAGAGCCAGGGCUCAAGGGUUUCGCAGGAGAUCCAGGUCGUGAAGGGUUCCCAGGACCCCCAGGGUUCGUGGGACCCCGAGGAUCCAAAGGCGCAGCGGGCCUUCCUGGCCCAGAUGGACCCCCAGGUCCCACUGGCCUCCCAGGGCCAGCCGGGCCCCCCGGGGACAGGGGGAUUCCUGGGGAAGUCCUGGGAGCCCAGCCCGGGCCCCGGGGAGAUGCUGGACUGCCCGGACACCCAGGGCUGAAAGGCCUUCCAGGAGACAGAGGCCCCCCGGGAUUCAGAGGAAGCCAGGGGAUGCCCGGAAUGCCGGGGCUGAAGGGCCAUUUGGGCUUCCCGGGACCUUCGGGCCAGCCAGGACUGCCCGGGCCUCCAGGACUACACGGAUUCCCAGGAAAUCCUGGCCAAGAGGGACCCUUGGGGCAGCCAGGUGCCCCAGGCCUUGGAGGUCUGCCUGGGGACAGAGGGGAGCCUGGGGACACAGGCGUCCCCGGCCCAGUGGGCAUGAAAGGAUUCUCUGGCGACAGAGGAGAUGCUGGCCAGUCCGGCGAUCGAGGCCAUCCAGGAAGCCCAGGAUUCAAAGGGAUGCUCGGAAUGCCCGGACCCCCUGGGCUGAAAGGAGACAGAGGCUCGCCUGGGAUGGAUGGUUUCCAGGGCAUGCCUGGGCUCAAAGGAAGACCGGGGCUGCCAGGAAGCAAAGGAGAGUCUGGAUUUUUUGGAAUUCCUGGUCUGAAGGGUCUGGCUGGCGAGCCGGGCGUUAAAGGCAGCCGAGGGGACCCCGGGCCCCCAGGACCGCCUCCCAUCAUCCUGCCAGGAAUGAAAGACAUGAAAGGGGAGAAAGGAGAUGAAGGGCCCAUGGGGCUGAAAGGAUACCUGGGCCUGAAAGGUACCCAAGGAAUGCCGGGGAUCCCCGGGCUAUCCGGAACCCCUGGGUUACCCGGGAGGCCCGGCUACAUCAAAGGAGUCAAGGGCGACAUCGGAGUCCCUGGCGUGCCUGGUCUGCCAGGACUCCCCGGGGUGGCCGGCCCCCCUGGAAUUACAGGAUUCCCAGGGUUCACAGGAAGCCGGGGUGACAAGGGUGCUCCAGGGAGCGCAGGCCUAUACGGCAAAACCGGCCCCACUGGUGACUUCGGUGACACUGGGGACACGGUAGAUUUGCCAGGCAGGCCGGGCCUGAAGGGGGAACAGGGCAGCGCUGGGAUGCCAGGUCUAAAGGGAUUCUUUGGAGAGAAGGGCACAGAGGGCAGCAUCGGCUUUCCCGGGAUCCCUGGCGCACCUGGAGUCCAGGGCCCUCCUGGACUGAAAGGACAAACAGGCUUUCCGGGACUGACGGGGCUGCAGGGGCCGCAGGGAGAGCCCGGCCAGGUCGGACCGCCUGGCAGCAAAGGAGACGAUGGCUGGCCCGGGGUGCCAGGCUUACCAGGUUUCCCGGGAAGCCGAGGGAUCAGCGGACUGCACGGCUUGCCCGGCACCAAGGGCCUGCUGGGAUCCCCAGGUGCUGACAUCUAUGGAGACCCAGGUUUCCAAGGCCCUCCAGGGGACAGAGGUGACCCAGGAGAGGCCAACACCUUCCCAGGCCCUGUGGGAGCCCCAGGACAGAAAGGGGAACAAGGAGCCCCAGGGCAGCGAGGCCCAGCUGGGAGUCCGGGCCUGCAGGGGUUCCCUGGCAUCACACCCCCUUCCAACAUCUCAGGGUCACCCGGUGACAAGGGGGCGCCAGGCAUAUUCGGCCUAGAAGGUUACCGAGGCCCCCCCGGGCCACCCGGGCCUGCUGCUCUUCCUGGAGGCAAAGGCGAUGCGGGGAACCCAGGAGCUCCCGGAGUCCCAGGGACCAAAGGAUGGGUCGGGGACCCCGGGCCCCAGGGCAGGCCUGGCGUGUUCGGGCUCCCGGGAGAGAAAGGGCCCAGGGGUGAGCAGGGCCUCAUGGGCAGCACUGGAGCCAGCGGGACUGUGGGUGACAGAGGCCCCAAGGGACCCAAAGGAGACCAAGGAUUCCCCGGUGCGCCCGGCCCUGCGGGAUCCCCCGGGAUUGCAGGAGUCCCCCCGAGGAUCGCCGUGCAGCCUGGGAUACUGGGUCCCCAGGGGAGGAGAGGUCUUCCUGGGGCGCAGGGCGAGAUGGGGCCCCAGGGCCCCCCCGGAGACCCAGGUCUCCGCGGGGAUCCAGGGAAGGCCGGGCCCCAGGGAAGAGGCGGCGUGUCUGCUGUUCCAGGGUUCCGGGGGGACCAAGGGCCUGUGGGGCACCAGGGCCCGACUGGCCAAGAAGGUGAGCCAGGCCGUCCGGGGAGCCCGGGGCUGCCGGGGAUGCCGGGCCGCAGUGUGAGCAUCGGCUACCUCCUGGUGAAGCACAGCCAGACGGACCAGGAGCCCAUGUGCCCCGUGGGCAUGAACCGGCUGUGGAGCGGGUACAGCCUGCUGUACUUCGAAGGCCAGGAGAAGGCCCACAACCAGGACCUCGGGCUGGCGGGCUCCUGCCUGGCGCGGUUCAGCACCAUGCCCUUCCUGUACUGCAAUCCCGGUGACGUCUGCUACUAUGCCAGCCGCAACGACAAGUCCUACUGGCUCUCCACCACCGCCCCGCUGCCCAUGAUGCCCGUGGCCGAGGAUGACAUCAAGCCCUACAUCAGCCGCUGCUCUGUGUGCGAGGCCCCCGCCGUCGCCAUCGCCGUCCACAGCCAAGACGUCUCCAUCCCCCACUGCCCACCCGGGUGGCGGAGUUUAUGGAUUGGAUAUUCCUUCCUCAUGCACACAGCCGCUGGGGAUGAAGGUGGCGGCCAGUCGCUGGUGUCGCCGGGCAGCUGUCUGGAGGACUUCCGCGCCACGCCGUUCAUCGAGUGCAACGGGGGCCGUGGGACUUGCCACUACUACGCCAACAAGUACAGCUUCUGGCUGACCACCAUCCCCGAGCAGAGCUUCCAGGGCUCGCCCUCGGCCGACACGCUCAAGGCCGGCCUCAUCCGGACGCACAUCAGCCGCUGCCAGGUUUGCAUGAAGAACCUGUGAGGCCACGGCGCUCUUCUCGCUUGGCGCUCACGCCAGGAAGUCCAUUUUGGUGCUUAUUCUUUUGUUUGUUUUUACGUUUUUUGAAAGAGUCUUACUCUGUCGCCCUGGGUAGAGUGCAGUGGUGUCACCA